GUGUUUUUCACUGACGCUUAUCAGAAACAAAAACAAACAAGAAAAGAUUUUGGUCUGUCUCUGUGCGACCCGAUACCAAAUGGGCCACGGUCCGAUACCGGUCCGCGGACUGGUGGUUGGGGACCCCUGGUCUACCGGGCUCAAAAAAUACAACUGGUUAAUGAAGCAUCUUGAAGCUUCAUUUUCCGAUCACUACUCUACAACUUGUAUGUUUUGAAUGGUAGUGUCUCAUAGGUAUAAUGUUGAUAGAAACACAUCAGAAAAUCCAUCCACGCAUGUUGUCCCGAGGCUGAAGAAGGAAUGAACGAUUAAUUGCCGUUGUACCACAAUGGUGAUUUGAAAAAUUAUGUCAGAAUGUGUGUUGGAAAUUCAGUACAGAGGACACAGUGUCACACACAAAAAAAAACCCAAACAUGCAAAGGGAUGGUCAAUGAAACUAAACAGGAGUGCUUGAACAGGAAGCUUAACAUUGUGUGGUUAGCCAAGUGUUGCAGAGAACUUGACUUGAUACAGGAAGUUGCUAUUUCUCAUCUAGUCCGCUGUCUGGAAAGUGUAUUUUUUUGCCUGUGCGUCUCUUAUACUAUUAAUCUUAGAAAAAAAAAUAUCUCUCGAUGGCCCAGGAAAAGGAUCACUCGUUCGCCAGCCGCUUUUUUCACAGAUGUCGUAAAAGUAGCCAAGAGCAGAGAGGACACGAAAGUGAGGUGCCGCACAUCUCUGAGUUCACCAUCGUGUGGGAUAAGUUCAUGAAAGAGUUCUUAGCUAAUGCCAAAGAAGAUUUUUUAAGAAAAUGGGAGUGUCCACCACAGAGCACAACGUGUCUGGACGACUUUGAUCGGUUCAAGACACUGGGAACUGGCUCGUUCGGCCGAGUAUUGCUGGUAAAGCAUAAAGGAACAAAUCAGUUCUACGCCAUGAAGGUCUUGGACAAACAAAAAGUGGUGAAAUUGAAACAGAUAGAACACACGCUAAAUGAAAAGAGAAUACUUCAGGCAGUCUCCUUCCCCUUCCUGGUCAGAUUGGAAUACGCUUUCAAGGACAACUCAAACCUCUACAUGGUCAUGGAAUAUGUGCCAGGUGGAGAGAUGUUCUCACACCUCAGGCGCAUUGGAAGGUUCAGUGAAAACCAUGCACGAUUUUAUGCAGCGCAGAUAGUGCUCACCUUUGAGUACCUCCACUCCUUAGACCUCAUCUACAGAGACCUGAAGCCUGAAAACCUCCUCAUUGAUCAACAUGGGUACAUUCAGGUCACAGACUUUGGCUUUGCCAAAAGAGUCAAAGGCAGAACCUGGACAUUGUGUGGAACUCCUGAGUACUUGGCUCCAGAGAUCAUCCUCAGCAAGGGCUACAACAAAGCUGUGGACUGGUGGGCACUCGGAGUCCUUAUCUAUGAAAUGGCUGCUGGUUACCCUCCAUUUUUUGCUGAUCAGCCCAUUCAGAUCUAUGAGAAGAUUGUAUCUGGCAAGGUACGAUUCCCCUCACACUUCAGCUCCGACCUAAAGGAUCUGUUGAGAAAUCUGCUUCAGGUGGACUUGACGAAGCGAUUUGGAAAUCUUAAAAAUGGCGUUAAUGACAUCAAAAAUCACAAGUGGUUCUCCACAACAGACUGGAUUGCCAUAUAUGAGAGAAAGGUUGAAGCCCCGUUCUUACCCAAGUGCAGAGGACCAGGAGACACAAGCAACUUUGAUGACUACGAAGAGGAGGACAUUCGUGUCUCACAAACAGAAAAGUGUGCAAAAGAGUUUGCUGAAUUCUAGUCAGUGGAUGGAUGAGAGUCCCAUCAGGGUUCACGUUUCAGGAUAUUUGCACUCUCCUAGAGGUUUAAGGUGGAACUGCGGCUGACGUGUCCAAAACAAAUGCUCUGUUCUUUUGUUACACACAGCUGAAUGAGGUCCUUUAUGCCAUGAUCUUAUGUGCUGUUCAAAACCCAAGCCCGCACGCAGGUACAUUAUGCAGACACACCCUUGUGUUGCAACACGACUAUAUGAAACCACCUUUUUAACUUUCCGGCCCUUUUUUGUGAAAUUUCUUUCUGACAGUUUUCCCAACUUCAGUUAGAAUUGUUAUUUUGGUGAAAUAACAUGAAAUUCAAAAUUAUUUUUAAGUGUCACUGGUGAUGAUACAUGGUAGCAUCUGAUAUUGCACGUAUUUCUUAUUCUUUUGGACUCAAUUUGUCAGCGUUCCGGUGGAUUGUAUAGAAAGAUUCUGAGAAAUGUCUUGCUUACUGGUUUUAAUGUUAAAAUGUUCCAAGUGAGUUGAGUUGACUCUGAAAGUUGAGAAGUCAACACCACCGUUGUGCAUCACACGAAGCUACAAGUUAUUGUUCUUAUAAAUGUCUAAAUUAUUUAAAAUACAUCUAACUGUGUAUUCAACAUUUUACAUAAACAUAGGCCAAAUGUACACACGUGCAGGAUUCCUGGGCAUAGUAUUAUCAGCUGAGGCAUGGACCCUAGAAAAUAGUGUUUUCAAUUUGCUACAUUAAAAUGGUGGGCUUAUUUUGUUUUUUUGUUUUUUUACUGGGCCCCAAAUUCAUGGCGCAUCUACCGGUAUGCAGUGUUUGCCAAGUGAACUGUCACCUCUCUAGGAAUAAUUGCCAAUGUGGAAAAGUUUGCUGUGGCCCCAACAGCUAAACCACACCUUCAUAUAAAUUGGCUUAAAAAAUAAAAAUAUAUAUAUAGUGACCAAACACCCUUGUAUGAGAAAUAAAAAUGACUUGCUUGGAUGAUGCCCUUAAGAUGGGCCCUAGUAAACCUUAACAAUUGAAGUGCCCACACUGUAGGUUCAGGUCGUGACUUGUCCACCUGACUCUUGUUGGCAUCAGUAAUGCACGUUGUUGUCGAGUGUCAAACAAAUCAAGAAGAAAAUUGCAAGUUUCAACUUUCUGUAGACUUGGAAUGUUCAUGCUAAAAUACGAUGUGCUUCCCAUAUCUUCUGUGCCUUUAUCUGUAUCAAAAACAAAAAAAGAGAGAGAGAGAGAGAGAGAGAGAGAGAGAGAGAGAAACAGUUCAUACAGUCUACUCACAAAAAAGUCAUUUGGCUUCCGGGUGAAAUUUCAGGAGGAACAUGUAAUGAAUCUGCAGGUGACCCUAUUUCCCAACUGUUCAAUGUUUCAGUAUCUUUGCGGUUCCCCAACAAGGAGCCAAAUGGGGAAUUUCAAAACAAGUCUUUGAUCGAUGGAAAUUUCCAACAACGUCCACUUGUAUGCCUUUCUGUGACUCUUACAGUCUCUUAUUGCUCUAGUUGCAGCCUUCUGAUGACAAAGUACCAUAACGCUCUCCACUCAUUGGCCUCUUCCCUAAAAGGUUCUUCCUGAAAUUUCUCCCGAAAGCCAACAAUCCCUUACCGCUCACAUGAUCCAUGAUUUUUAGCAAGCUGUGUAUCAACUUUGUGCAGGUGCAGAGCGAGGUAAACUCAAUAUAAGACAUAAUCGUAACUCUGUUUCAACUCUGUCAUCUCUGUUGCGGCCCACAAAAUUCUGUCGUACGACUGGUCAGAAGCCGCCAAUCAUUCUUUGUCUACUGCAUGACUGAAAUCGAAGUCGGGCUCGCAGCAGGGCUUCAUUGUCUGCCCGGUUAAACUUCUUGUGUGUGUUACAUCAAGGUUGCACCACAGCAGUUUCAUAGGACGUCAUUCGCAAUGAAGAUUUUUUUUCCCCUUAAAUAAGAUUGAAUUGAGCUAGUACCAUAAUUGUGACUGCCUGACUGACUGAGUGAAUGGCUCAAAGUAGCACUUUUUGUAAGAACAAUCCAAGCAGUUAAGAUCUAGCACUGCACUUACCUGUUUGUUGUAGCUUUGUCCAUUAUACAGAAGCACAUUUUGGCUACAUGACGAGCUCAAGCUGUAUUGUAAGUAAUUCUAUUGGGCAUGUUUGUUCAGUUAAUCACUGGAAUUUUAGCAAAAAAAAGGAGCUUUAAUUUGUUCUUAAAGCUUUAGAAAGAUGCACUUCAUUUUGGCCAGCUCGACAGCUACACUCCAAACAUUGUCCUCUUUUGGCGUAUAAAUGUGUUUUUGUGAAUACAGUACUCCUACUUUUUGUGGGGCCGUUACAAGAUGGCAAAAUCAUAUUUGAGGAGGCAAGGGAAAGAUUAUGACAUUAAUACUGUAUUCUUAUUUUAUGUUUAGGUUUAUUUGGGUUUUUUUUCCACUGGGCAGUUUUAAAGCAGACGGAUGGGCUUUGAAGUAUUAAUAUGAAGCAAAACGUUGUUAUUGAUGUUAUUGUAGUGCAUCAUUUGUAGCAUUGUUACAGCCAUAUCACUUCAUUGGACAUGUCCUUGAACUGUACAUCAGACUUGAUGUGAUAUUGACUGAAAUUGAAUGAUAUAUUCUCAAGGUACAUUUUAUGUUUUUGAGCUUAGAGGGCAUCGGGGGGUAAGGAAGGAGCUUGUGAUUUCAUCCAGUACAUUUCCAAAAUCUUUGAUGCCGAAUUUUCCCAAAUGUUGCUGAAUGAAAAGUUUUUCAUUUUGCUCUGGUUUUGAAUGCUAAUUGUGCUGAAGCAACAUAGUCGCAAGAAAUAAUGUCACUGCCAUAGUUUGGUUUGACAGUUUUUUGUAUGUUAUAUCUGACCUGGGUUUGUUUUUUCACCCAUUCGUCCAUUUGCGCACCACUGUCAAGAUACAGUGCACUGAAGCCGUUCCGAUCAUUUAUUAUAUUUUAUCAGUUGUUUCAUUUUAGCGCAGAAUGUAUUAUUCCUAUUGGUGUGGUAUUUUCCCGCAUCAUCACACGACGCCAAGUAUUAAUUGAUGCGAAACAGCAAACCAGACGUUCUCAUCCUUCUUACUGCAGUAAUAAUGCAUAGUAUUUGCAUCUUUGUUCAUCAAGUUGUACACUGUGAUGGAAUUGCUUUGUCUUUUUUGCAAAUUGUCUCAGAUGGCUCAUGCCAGUGGAAAAAAAAACCUGUACAGUUUUGGGCAAAGUGUGGGGAUAGACACAUUUUUGUGUUUCACCGAUGUAGCUUCAGCAUGAAAACAAUAAAUCGUGUGUCACGCUGAAGGAAAGAAAGACUUCAAUUAAGAUCCAAAUGUGAAGAAAGAGCAAUUUCAAUAUUAUUGAGAAUUUCUGUUUUUGAUUAAAAACAAUAAUCCAAAUAAUUAUAACAACAGCAUAGAAGCAACUUGAAUCACAAACUGAAGCAGCAAAGUAUGAAACACAAAAUUGGAGCCAACUUUUGUCCGGCAUUGGCUGUUCCUGUUCUUCACACAGUUAUAUUUCUCCAUGAUGACAAAUGAAGAUUUUAUUAGUAUUCUUUGUGAGGAAUUCCUCUGUACAAGGUAUCUCAUCCCUGUAGCCUCAGUGAAAUCCUUGCCUCCGAACACCACCAACUAGAGUGACAAGUCAGCAUUGCAGCUCUGAGGAGUGUUUCAUACCACUGCGGUAGUUAACCAUGGAAGUCUUUCAGAGGUUUGGCUUUGUCUUGCUUCACAAGUGAGGCCAUUUUCCUACAGGUCAAACACUCAGGUUUGGGGAAGUGUAACUUUAUUUAUGUUCUUACAUUUCACACUUUGUUAGAAAAAUUAAAGCAACUAUCAACAUUUCACAUUAGUUCUCCAAUGUUUUCAAUGACAUGGUGCUCGAUGUCCUGUAAAGGAGACAAAAUGCAGCCCAAUAUUAGUUUGACUAUUGGACAACAUUUUUAAAAAUAAAAUGGGAAGAAGUUGUCAGCCAGUAUUUUUUUAUUGGUUAACUUGAUGCCUAUUUUAUUCACAUUAAUGUAUAAGGUUCUGUGUCUUGUGUCCUUUCUUCUAUUUAUUCAAAACAAUUAUAUUUGUUAAUCAUAUUUAUGAUCCAAUAAUUUCCCUGAAGACUUGUAUUGACACUUCAGAAGUUAUUCCACACCGAUGCCUCUCAUUCCAGUGAAAUUAUUUGUUCUUUUGAUGAAUUGCUUUACUUUUGCGUGUGUGUCAUUCAACUUUGUAUCAAUAGUUUGGCACAAAGGGUUACGCGGAAUGUUGUGCGUCCAUAUUUACACAAGGACAAUGUCUGCUAAUUAACACUUUGAUCUUCAGCAUGUUUCAAUCCAAAAUACCUGUUUGUCACAAACUAUUUUUGUGUGAAAUCCACAGCUCUUUCAGUGUCAUUUAAGAUCCUGUGUGUAAUGAUGUUUGUCAUGUGUGAUGUAAACAAUGUCCCCUCCCAAGCCUCUCCACUCCUGAAUAAACAAGGCCGUUUGGGUUCUCCCUGUA